AUGGGAAACUUUCCUUUUCCGGCACUUCAAUGCCCUAACCGACCUACAACCUAUAAAUACAUGUUUUUAGCCUCAAACAAAGGAGAGUCGAGGGUUUCUAGGCUUGGCCGUCAGAGAGAGAAGCCAGGAAGCUGCGCUGUAACACCCCCGAACCGUCCUAGGCACAGACGUUCCGAGAAGCGCCACAAAAUGUCGAUGCGCCUAGGUGCAUUAGCCACAUUCUCUGCCCACGCCUGUGAAGGUUCACGCUCAUCCGGAAUCACACAGAAACUAGAUGAACGCCUUCACCCGGGCACUACAGUCCAUCGCGGUACCCGGUUCAUCCUUCCAUCUAUUGGCCUUACUGGCGCACCAUGCCAAUGUCUGGUUGGAUCCCAUAUCGUCAUAUGGUACCAUACUCGGCCAAGGCAGCUGACCAGGUUAUCCUCCGAGUCUUCCUCCCUUCAUGCACAGCCUCCACGCUGCCAAUCCGGUUGGGCUCUGACGUGCGAGAAUGCGCUUGACUACACCUUCCUAGACAACAUGUGGUUAGACACGCCACAUGUUCUCAGUACUUAG